UUGUUCAUCCCGAUUAGUGAAGAGGUCCUUUCCAUGUCCAAAUAACUGGGAUUUACUCAACUGAGAGAGAUUUUUCAGUGAAAAAUUCGAUACUCUUCAAGUCUAUUCAUACUCUCCGUUCGUCUGUAUCUAAGCAGUUGACAGUCGAGUUGCGGCGGAGCAAAAAAAUGGAGGUGGAGUUAGAGCCGAGGGUAAAGCCUUUACCUUUUAAAGUAAAGGGUAUGUCUCGAGAAUCACCUUUACAGAAGGCUUCCCAUGUACUUGACUCGGACCUCAGAAAUCACUGGUCCACUGGUACCAAUACAAAAGAGUGGAUUUUACUCGAAUUAGAUGAACCCUGCCUACUUUCACAUAUUAGGAUUUACAACAAGUCUGUGCUGGAAUGGGAAAUUUCAGCUGGCUUGCGUUACAAGCCAGAGACAUUUCCAAAAGUUCGCCCACGUUGUGAAGCCCCUCGACGGGACAUGAUGUACCCUAUGAACUAUACUCCAUGCCGUUAUGUUCGAAUAUCUUGCUUGCGAGGGAGCCCUAUAGCAAUUUUCUUUGUACAGUUGAUUGGUAUUACAGUUACUGGUCUUGAACCAGAGUUUCAACCGAUCGUCAACUACUUGCUACCCCACAUAAUAUCAAGCAAGCAGGACGAUAAUGAUAUGCAUCUUCAGCUGCUUCAAGAUAUCACAAACCGGCUGGGAGUGUUCCUUCCCCAACUAGAGGCUGAUCUUAACAGCUUUUCAGAUGCUGCAGAAUAUGCUACACGUUUUCUUGCAAUGCUUGCUGGUCCCCUUUACCCAAUUCUUCAAAUUGUAAAGGAAAGGGAAACAGCCAGGUCAGUAGGCAAUGUUUCGGAAUCUGAAGCUUCAAGAAACAGUCAACCUGUAAUAGCUUUGACUGUAUCAUCAAAUUUUGAGCCUAGGAGAUCACGCAACAUGUCUACCCUUAUUUUUCCUACAUCUUGUUACUUAGCUUUUCGUCCAGAUGCCAUCGUCAUUUUACUGAGGAAAGCUUACAAGGAUUCUAACCUGGGAAAUAUUUGCAGAGUGGCCUCUUGGAUUCUGUGGAAGUUUCUUGAGCCUAUAAAGCCGCCAGAAGCUUCACAUUCUUGUAGUGAAAUUACAACUUCAGUGCCUGAUGAAGGAUCACAAUCUGAGCCUUCCACCCCUCCUUCUUUUGCUGAUUACUCAGAUUUAUUUGGAGAUGAAUUUAAGAUACCAGAAUAUACAUGGGACUCCAUUUUCAGUAAUGUCUUAGAUAUUGGCCUAGUGGAAGAAGGGAUUUUACAUGUUCUGUAUGCUUGUGUAUCCCAGCCCCUACACUGCAGCAAGUUGGCAGAUAAUGCUUCUGAUUUUUGGUUGGCAUUGCCCCUAGUUCAAGCAUUGCUUCCAGCACUUCGUCCUAGUAUCAACAGUAGUGACCCAAUUGAUGAAGAUUUGUCUCUGUGGAAACAACCUUUUGUACAGAAAGCUCUGUCCCAGAUUGUUGGGACUUCGUCUUCAUCAGUGUAUCGUCCUCUGCUUCGUGCUUGUGCAGGUUACCUAUCAUCAUUUUCACCAUCAAAUGGGAGGGCUGCAUGUGUGCUCAUUGAUCUUUGUUCUGGUGUCUUGGCUCCAUGGAUGCCUCAAGUGAUAGCCAAGAUUGACUUAGCACUUGAGCUUUUGGAGGACCUUUUGCCUGUGAUCCAGGGCGCCCACCACUCAUUUGCUCGUGCACGUGCAGCCCUUAAAUAUAUUGUCUUAGCUUUAUCUGGGGUUAUGGAUGAUAUUUUGGUCAAAUAUAAGGAUGCUAAGCACCAAGUGCUUUUUCUUGUUGAGAUGCUAGAACCAUAUCUCGAUCCUGCAAUAACCCCUGCACAGAGCAUUAUAGCCUUUGGGAACGUUUCUUCAGUUGUCCUUGAAAAUCAAGAGAAAAAUUGUGCUUUUGCGUUAAAUGUGAUUCACACAGCUGUACUCAAGCCUGCUGUCCUUCCCUCUCUGGAAGCUGAGUGGAGGCGCGGAUCAGUUGUUCCAAGGCUUUUUCCAAUUGAUCAAGAACAACAAUGGCCAAUGAGGAACCUAUACCUCUGGAGAUGCAGAUUCAGAUUGCUGAUUUAGAUGUCACCUUAUAGGUCCAUUGAAAGAAAAGAUAGAAAAGCAUGGGCUUCAAUGAAGAAAGGCCUAACUGA